GGUUGACAAACGCUCAAUAAACAAGUUUACGUUUUUUAUUGUAAAAAUAUUUACACAAAAAUCAAUAAAAAUUAAUUCAAUUAUGCCACAACUACGCUUAUAAUAUAUAAUACAAUUUAAAUACAAAAGCACAAUGGUAAAUUACAAACUUUUAUUUAUAAUUUCUGCAUUAUUCGCGACUAUAAAUGCUUCACGGGUAUUGGAUUUAAGCGACAGAUUUUCGGAAAUACGAAAAGAUGGAGGGUAUUGGUUAGUUACGUUUUAUGCACCGUGGUGUGGCCACUGCAAAAGAUUGGAACCUAUUUGGUUAAAUGUUGCUCAGACGCUCUCCAAAACUAAUAUCAGAGUUGGGAAAAUUGAUUGUACAAGGUUCCCAUCUAUGGCCACAGAAUUCAACAUUGCAGGAUAUCCCACAAUAAAAUUCAUAAAACCUGACGAUGAAGUAUCAUAUCAUGGGGACAAAACCAAAGAUGACAUAAUAAAUUUUGCAAUAAGAAUGGCAGGACCUCCAGUUCAAGAAGUGACAAGGACUGAAAGUCUUUCAGGUCUUAAAAACAUGAAUCAGUUAUUCUUUAUGUAUGUGGGUGAUCAAGAAGGCCCACUUUGGGAUGCAUUCUAUGAGGUAUCAUCAAAAAUGCAACAGCAUGCAUUUUUUUAUGCUACAAAUAAGGAAAUUGCUAAAGCACAUGUUGAUAUACAGGAUUUACCUGCUGUUUUUGUACAUAAAGAAAAUGUGCAUUUUUUUAACCCCUUGGAACAUGGCAAUUCUGUAUUAGAAGCAGAACAUUUGAAUGGUUCAAUGUAUAAAUGGAUAAACGAGGAAAGGUUUGAAACAUUCCCAAAAGUAACCAGAGGAAAUAUAAAUGAGCUAAUGCAAACCAGAAAAUAUUUGGUGCUUGUAAUAGUGGAAGAAAACGUUUUACAGCAAAUCCCAAGUGAAAUGUUGGAAUUCAGGGAUAUGGUUGAGGGAAUUAUAAGGAAGAAAAGGGAUAAAUACCACAGAACUUUCCAGUUUGGAUGGAUUGGUACCCCUGAGUUGGCAAAUAGUAUUGCCAUGCAAGUUUUGCCCUUGCCACAUUUGUUGGUGUUAAAUUCUACCACCAAUCAUCAUCAUAUUCCUGAGGAUGAUCCAACUGAAUUGACUGUUGAUGCCAUUGAUAUGUUUUUGGAGAGGAUUUGUAAUCAAUCAAUGCCAGCGUAUGGUGGAAAUGGACUCUUUGUAAGACUGUAUAGAGGGUACUUUGAAGCAAGCACCUCAUUGGGAGAAAUGUGGAAAGGAAAUCCAGUUUUAACCACUGUUUUAUUUGGAUUACCAUUAGGAUUUUUAUCACUGAUAAUGUAUUCUAUAUGUUGUGCAGACAUUUUAGAUGCUGAAGAUGACGAAGAAGAUAUCCAUGAAAAGAAAGAUUAAACCCAAAUUAAAUCAAACUCUAGUCAAACUGAAAAGCUUUUAUGUAAGUUU